AUGCUAUUCUACAAGAAUGUCGUAUCACUGUGGGUCGUAGUGUCGUAUGCAGCAGCUGCCGCACACCAAAAACGAAGUUGUUCGGCGGGGGAAGCCCUUACCUGUUUGCUUGGAGGUCAGAUUGACGGGAAGGAUUAUAAGGAAUUUGCAAGCCCCUUCGUAAAACCAAUUGAAAAAGGAGGCUUUGGACCAGGAGGGAUCUGCUGGAAUAGGUUUAUGGAAAAGAAAUGCUGUCCUAACGAAAUAUUAAGCGCACCUGCUGUCACCGAUGCAGAUGGUCAUAAAUACAUAACUCCAGAACAGGCUGAUAAAUGUAAAAGCCCUGGGAGUCGGAACUGA